UUUGUCUGAUAAUAAUAUUAAUAUGAGAAUGGGCCAGCUUUUAAGAUAAAGUUAUUUAUUAACUGUAGCACCAGAAUUUAAUUUGUAAUAUAAGAGGCCUACUUAUCUUAUAGGCCUGCAAUAAAAAUUACUAAUUUUACAUUAUUUUCUUAUGCAGCAGCUGAACAAUAAAAUGUUGAUUAUUGGAAGUCAUCGAAAUAUUGCCAAGGCCUGGUCACAUAGUUACGCAUUUUCUAUUUUUGUGCGGAGAAAAUCUUCCAGCAUUAAUCUUAAUGAAAAUGCAACACAAGUGGAAUAUAAUAAUGCGCAUCCCUUUUCUUCAAUACCAGGGCCGGGUGGCUUGCCUUGGUUUGGCCAGUGGCUUAAAUACAAACUUAAUCCCAAAAAAGUUCAUCGACGUGACCUUGUACUAAAAGAGUUUUAUGAAAAGUAUGGAGACAUUGUGAAGGAGACUGUAGCAGGCAGAACGAUUGUACAUUUGUUCAAUCCAGAUUACAUCAAACAGAUUUAUGAAACUGAAGGCAAAUACCCAUUAGUUCCACCAUUGCUUGAAUCAGUUGAAUUUUAUCGUAGGAAAAAAGAAUUGGCACCUGGGUUAGGAAAUAGUAAUGGAGAGCAGUGGUACAGGCUUCGCAGCAUUGUCCAGCAUAUAAUGUUAAGGCCACUGAAGUCCCUUGAUUAUCUCCCUGCACAGAACAAAGUAGCCAAUGAUUUUAUCAACAAGUUGCCAAGUUUAAUUGAAAACAAUGGAGAAGUUUCAAAUUUCAACCGGUGGAUAGCUCGAUGGGGAUUGGAAUCUGCUGCCAAUAACUGCUUGGACAAACGAAUGGGCUACAUGGAUGAAAGUGGUAUGGCUGCUGGUGACAAGAUUAUUGACACUAACCAUUCUGUAUUUGAACUGUCAAUCAAACUUUAUUUUGCCAUUCCAUUCUACAAAUUGUUUUUCACACCAAGCUUAAAAGAACUUUUUGAAUGUGAGGACUUUAUUAAUGAUGAAGCAUUGAGGCUGACUAACAUAGCCAUUGAAGAGUACAAAGAAGCAUUUGAAAAUGGAACGCUCACAGAAGAUAGAUUCAGAUUUUUGUCCUACAUGCUGAGCAACCCAGAAAUGACUAAAAAAGACUUGAUGCCUGUUGUUUUAUCUGUUUUAACUGAUACUUUAAGCACAACAUCACAAAUCCUCUUGUGUAAUUUGUAUAACUUAGCCUGCAACCCCAAUGUACAAGAAAAAGUUUACGAGGAAACCAAGAAAAUACUUCAAAAUGGGGAUCUUACAUCAGAUGGCUUUAGCUCUGCCACUUACAUCAAAGCUUGUAUAAAGGAAAGCUUCAGGUUAUUCCCUGUAGGCCUGGAUAUAUUAAGACUAUGUCCUUCUAACAUGGUAAUUGGAGGCUAUCAAGUACCAGAAAGAACCUACUUAUGUUUAAACAACUAUAUUCAAUCUCUGGAUCCUGAUGUCAUACCUGAGCCCCAGAAGUUUAUACCUGAUCGUUGGCUCAGGGAAGAAUACAGUGAGAAACUGCAUCCUUACCUCUUGACUCCAUUUAGUCUUGGAAGAAGAAUGUGCGCAGGGCGUCGUUUUGCAGAGCAAGAAUUAGUGAUUAUGAUUGCGAAAAUACUUUCUCGUUAUCGACUUGAAUGGCACUACGGAGAGGUCCAUCAGAGGUAUCGUCUGCUGCUCAUUCCAGAUCAAGAAAUAAAAAUUAAGUUUGUUCCUAGAUAAGAGAUAUAAAUAUGGAAUGAAAACACUAGUACCUGUUGAUGUUAUAAAAUGUGCAUAAUUUUUAUAUGUUUGGGCGGUUCAACAUUUUUAACUUUACAACUAGAAAUUCUGAAGCCUUGUAUAUAACCUUUUACAUCAUUUUCCAAUAAAGGAAUAAUUUUUAAAACAAAAUGUUUAAUCUAAUCGACUUUUGAUUCAUAUAUCUAUUACUUAAAUUGAUUUUUUUAAAAAGUAAUAUAAAUAUUGCUGGAUCGAAAGCUUUUUAAAGGAUGUUAGAGGAAAUGUAUGGUUAGCUGAGUCUUAGAGGACAGAGAAAUGUUAACCAAUGUCCAUUUUAUCUGCAAGUGUCUUAUUGGCCCUCAUGAAACAGGAUUUUACAAAAUAAAAUCUGAGAUGACUCAUUGACCCCUAACAAAAAUGUUACAAAUUGGCCCUUGACAAACUGACAUCUAAAAAGGCUGUUGAAAAUUUGAUAUAUACUGGGGCUCCUUUUUUUUUUAUUUCUGCCACUGUAAUAUUGAAUUGCCAACACAAAAAUAUGUACUUAAUUCAGUAUUAAAUACUAAUGUGGUCUGUCGAUGUUUUUGACAAAUACACUAGUUGCUUCUUAGUCACUUUUUAUUCUUUUUUUAUUUGAUAAAAUAGACAUUGAUAAUGUUCUCAUUAUAUUUUGUUGGGAUUCACACAUUUUUAAACAUGUCCGUCACUAAAACAUUGUAUGGAAGUGCAGGAAGCAUGUUUUUAUUUCUCUAACAAUUGUUUGAAGAAAAGGUAUAUUACAAAACGCUCUAAGUUUUAAACAAUUUUUUUUAUUCCUUUAGAAAACUCUAAAAGGACUUGGUAAAAAAUUAUUUGUGUGUGCAUUCCUUGGGGUUUUAUAUAAUGGAACAUUACUUUUUUAAAAUUUCUACAUUUUAAUACAACCUGUUUUUAUGAUAAUUACUGUCACUCAGUACAGUGGUUCAUUCAUUGGCCCUAAAUGUCCCUGUGUAACUAACUCUAUUUGUUUAAAUGUUUUUUACCAUUGUUUAAAUAAUAAAUAUGCUGCAAUACACAAUUUUUGUGAUAUGGUAAUGUAUACAAAUAAUAUUGGUCAUAUAAAACCACACAUUCAAACUUAAUAUUUUAAAAUGUUUUUAUUAUACCAAAUUAAUAUCUACAAAUUACUUAUGGUUUUUAUUUACUGUGUUAACCUUUACUUUUAAGAGAUGGUUAAUGACAAGAAUUUCUAUUCUCAGGGUUCUAAUAGCAUUAGAUUAAUCAAACUGUCUAAAUUGUAAUCAAUAAACAGACUUUUAACUAA